UGCGAAUUAAAAUAUAUAUUUAUCUGUAUAUAUAUGUAUAUAUAAAAAGUAUUAAGGAUAACUACUGAGAAUCAAACUCAGAUAUAUCGCGCCACAUACGAUUGUUCUCUAGCUGUAGCAAGAAUCAUAUUAAGAUGAUUACCCAUCAAUUGGACAUGAGUCGACGGGGCAAUUUCGGCUGCACACCAAGGAAUACGCAAAUUUCAAGGGCUCCUGGACCCAAACCAAAUUGAAUUCCCGAAAAGCCAAAGCGUUAGGAGUCCAGAAACGCGUGGGCGCCCAAGGGUUUCUAGGGCCUUGAGCACCUCAAUAUUGCGUGAAGCCAAAGCGCCUGGAGAUGCAGAGAAGCUGGAGCGUCUCGAAUACCGCACGGGCCCAGAAAAGACUAAUCAUAAUCACCAGACACCAGGCACCAGAAAAAGACACCAGACAGCAAAAGACACCAGACAGAAAAGACACCAGACAGAAAAAACACCAGACAGAAAAAAACACCAGACAGAAAAAACACCAGACAGAAAAAAAACACCAGACAGAAAAAACACCAGACAGAAAAACACCAGACAGAAAAAAACACCAGACAGAAAAAAACACAGACACAGACACAGACACAGACACGUGCCAGGACCAGUUGGUAAGAACAAAGUUUGCCAGCACCAGCAAAAAAAGAAAAAAUAAACGCAGGGAUCCCAGCAGAGAAACAUCAGAAGCACGAAGCAAAGAUUGGGAGAGGCUGGGCCCGAACGCCGCGGCCCGCGGCGCCUCAGGAAACCCGCGCCUCCGUCGUGACGUCCUUGGGCAUGCUCAGCCAUGUUUCUUAUCGAUGGGGCCACAACACGUCGUAAUUUAAGCCGGCUGCAGUUACGCAAGAAAACAGCGCCUCUUCCCUGU